AACGUUAAGAUGAACUACUACCUUAUCCUUGCUAUAGUAAUACUAAUAAUUGUUUUAAUUAGCUUACGAUUAUUGAAAUAUCAAGCGAUUAAUUCAUUGCCCGGUACAAAUUGGUUGGAAGUGUUUAAGUUUUUGGUAUUGAAAAAAUCAAAUUCAGAUAUCCUUAACUUCAUUUUAAAUUUACAUAAAAGAUAUGGUUCUGUUGUUAAAAUUUGGAUAAAACCCUUUCGGCCUAUUAUAAUUGUAUCAGACCCAAAAUAUUUUGAAGCAAUAUUAGGAUCAAAAGAACAUUUACACAAAACGAAAUUGUAUGAUAUAUUGCAUCGCCUUGCUGGAGAUGGAUUAGGAACAGUGCGAGAUGUGAAGCAAUGGAAAGCUGAUAGAAUUUUUUUCAAUCCACUUUUUAAACACAAAUCCAUAUCCAAUUACACUUUUAAAUUAAAACGUCAUAUGGAUGACUUUAAAAAUGUUUUAAUUACACAUAUAAACAGACCAGUUGAUGUUUAUUUCAUUAUACAUCAUUGCGCAAUGUGUAUGAUAUUAGAAUAUUUAAUCGACGAGACAGUAAACGCAGAAACCACUACAAAUAUAAUACACGCUAUCGAUAAAAGUUUUGAAAUGGUGCUUGAAAGAGUGUAUUCAGCCAUAAAAUCUAAUGAGCUAUUAUUUCGAUUUACAAGAAUGUAUCGAACAUGGGAGAAAGUACACCAAUUUGUGGAUAAUAUAUUCCUAGAUUUAAUUCAUGAACGGAUGAAGUUACGAGGCAAUACUCCCACAGAAACGAUUACAGAAAGAAAGAAUUUGAUGGAUUUGUUACUUGAAAACGAUUUUUCCGAAGAAUACAUAAUGGGACAUUUAAAAUCGUUUUUUAUUGCGGGAUAUGAUACGGUUGCCACAACAACUUCAUUUGCACUAUUUGAAAUCGCUAAAAGAAAAGAUGUACAAGAAAAAAUACUUCAAGAGUAUUUGUCUCUAGCUGGAAAUAACGAGGAUUACAUUCUUACUUUUGAUGAUCUUCACAAUAUGACAUAUACAGAAUCAGUAAUUAAAGAAACUCUGAGGAUGUAUCCUGUUAUACCUGCUAUAGAAAGAAAAGUAAAGUCACCUAUAACUAUAGACGGAUUUUGUAUCCCUGCUGAUACUGAUAUUACGUUUUCCAUCGCGUCUUUACAUUAUUCCAACUUUGCUAAUCCGGAAGUGUUUGAUCCUAACAGAUUUUCCCCAGAAAAUAUUAAUAAAGUGAAGCCAUAUUCAUACGCACCGUUCUCUAUUGGCCCAAGAAAUUGUAUUGGUCAAAAACUUGCCAUAGUUGAAAUGAAAUUUAUCCUUUCGCAUACUGUGAAGGACUUUACGUUGCAUUCAGUUCAACCUGAACACAAAUUACAGCUAGCGACCGAUUUUCUUUUAAAAAGCAAGAAUGGGAUGCCUAUAAUAUUUAAAAAGCGAUCCAAUAAUGAGAUGAGAAAAUAA